AUGGUCAUUCGCGGCAAGAUAACCCGGCCACUUCCUGCGCCUCUGCCUAUGAUUGUUCGUAAAAGUUGGUUGAAGAUACUUGGUGUAACGUUUCAAGAGAAUCCUUCCAUGUGGGCAUGCAUGCAUCUAGAUGAAUUAAUGAGUGAAGCCUGUAGCAGAAUGUACAUUAUUCGGAUUUGCAAAUACUACGGGUUUUCUAGGAAAGAGCUGGAUCUUCUGUUCCAUAGUCUUAUUUUAUCAAUAUUAGUUUUUGGUAUAGAGGUCUGGGGAUGUGCGUUGUAUUCUAAGUAUCUUAGUCAAGUAGAUAAAGUUUUAAAACGUGCAUAUAAGUAUGGAUAUCUUAUGUAUCAGGUAUCGAUUGUUGAUAUAUUAAACAAUAAAGACAGAGAUUUAUGGGAGAAAAUAACUACGGAUCCCAACCAUGCCCUGCAAGUUUUGCUGCCUCCUAGUCGUCAAUUAGAAUUACGCAAUCGCGGACAUGAGUAUGAACUACCGAGAGUUCGAACAGAAAGGUUUAAAAGAGUGUUCGUUAAUAGAUGUCUUUUUAACUUCAUAUGA